AUGGCCGGCAAACGCAAGAGAGAGACUACCGUCGCAUCCAAACCGACUGACGAAAAAGAUGCAAGCCCAGAGCCAUCAAGCAAUGCCCAGGAUGUGUUCCGAAAAUACUUCGAGGCUCAGUUUGAGCCUCUGGAUAUAGCUUCGUCGCGACCAGAUAAGUCGGACAGCGACAAAGAAGAGGAAAGGGGAAACGAAUCAGAUAUGGACGAGUCAGGGGACUCAGACUGGGAUGGACUCUCCGAAGAUGAGGAGAGCGAGGGCCAAGUCGAAGUCGUCGAGCACAAGGAUGCUCAGGUUAUCUCGGAUGCAAUCAUGGACAAGAAAGCCCGGAAGGCAUUCCUGAAAGGAAAACUACCGUCUGAAGAUGUGCCAAAGGAGAAGACGGCACCAAAGCUGAGCAAGGAGGAUGAAGAAGAUGAUCACGACAACCUAAAGCAUGAUCUCGCCUUGCAGAGGCUUCUUCGGGAGUCUCAUUUACUCGAGUCCGCUUCAGAUCUGGCCCCGACUGGCAAAAACCGUCUCAAGGCUUUAGACCUGCGCAUGCAAUCGUUGGGUGCCAAAACCUCUCUCUACAAGCAAGAAAAGAUGCCCACCGCUCAUCGACGAGGGAUCAAAGCCAAGGCAUCCAUGAAAGAAGAGAAAAGAAGACGAGACGCCAAAGAAAACGGUAUCAUCCUGGAGAAGCCUGCCAAAGUAUCCAAGUCAAAGGCAGGCCGAAGGGAGCGAGGCGUCGGAGGAUCGUCAAUCGGGAAAUUUUCCGGGGGCACGCUGAACCUGAGCAAACGGGACUUGCAAUCCAUGACCACUCCCAAGCCACGUACUGGGAAGGGCAAGAAGGGCCGUCGUUAG